AUGGUCCACUAUUACCAAUUUCCCAUUCCAAUAGUCAAGUUGUGCCCUGGGGUCCAGGUGUGCUGCUUACUAGCAGCCGACAACAGUACCGUCCUGCCCAACCCACCAGAUCCAAGCCCUCCGUCCCCAGAGCCGAAUCCAGAACCGAGGCCUCCGAAACCACCCCAACCGUGGCCUCCGAGACCACAACCAAUUCCAGAGACCACUCCUUCCGUAGUGAACCCGGAUGUACCGAACCCUGACCAGGACGGCCUCCAGAUACCCAGCGUCACCCCCGGAACCGGUUGCGGGCGAAGGAGGUUCCCUGCCAACUUAGAUACCAGCCUCAAAGUCACCGGAGGAGACAAAAAUGUUCCACAACAGACGUUUUAUGGUGAAGCGCCUUGGAUGGUGGUUAUUCUACAGAAAAAAGAAGCUUUGACUUUCAAGUGUGGUGGUACAUUGAUUACACCUAAUGUUGUUUUGACUGCAGCCCACUGUGUGAAGAAUACACCAAUUGAAGAAAUUUCUGUGAGAGCAGGAGAGUAUGAUAACAGAAUCACAAACAAGCCAAUCCCAUCUCAAACACAAAGGGUUCGUAAAGUGGAAUCCCAUCCAGACUUCAAUUCUGGCAAUCUUCAUAAUGAUAUUGCUCUUAUAUUUCUUGAACAACCCAUGCAGCUAAAUCCAGUAGUUGAUGUCAUUUGUGGUCCACAAAAAGGAGAAGCUGUCAUUGGAUCUGACUGUGUGGUAACUGGAUGGGGACGUAAUGCCCAAAAUGGUUCCUACCAAGCUGUUCUUAGCAAAGUAAACCUUCCUCUUAAAACUCGAGAAAGCUGUCUUGAAAAGCUGAGAACUUCUAGAUUAGGAGUGAGAUUCAUACUUCAUGAAGGAUUCAUAUGCGCUGGAGGGGAUGACAAAAGAGACACUUGCAAGGGUGAUGGUGGUGGACCAUUGUACUGCCCAUCUAAAUCUGAUCCAAACAAAAUGGUUCAGAUAGGAAUAGUUGCGUGGGGCAUCGGAUGUGGGGAAGGAUUUCCUACAGUUUUAACAUCAGUAGAACAUUACCUUCCUUGGGUGCAAAAACAGUUAUCAUAAGAUGAAUAAUACUUUUUUUGUAAUGAUAAGAAAUAAGUAAAUAUACAAUAGAGAUUAAAAUUUAUAGAUUGAAAUAAAUAGCUAGAAAUGGCAAACAAAUAAAUAUAAUAUUAAUUCUUUAAAAAAAAAUUCAGUGACCUGUAUGAAAAAUACUCAAGAAAUGUUUCUCUAAAGAACUAAAUAUGAUAAAUUAAUACUAUAUUUUGAUAAUAAUUGAGCAUAUGAUUGAUGAUAAGAUUUAUUGAUAUUUAAGUUAAAUAAAUAUAUCCUAUUAAGUAAAUAUUUGAUACAUAUUUUCUUAACUUUUGACAUUAUGCUAGUGCAUUUAUAAUAAGUAAAAACAUAUGGAUUUUAUAAUAUUAUAUUUUAUAAUCUAGUCACCUUCGAUUAUUGGAACUUAUAAAACUAUAUACAAGUUGAACUUACAAUUUUAAUAUAGACAAGGUUUUUUUAAUGGUAUAAUUUAACUUAUUAAAAUGUAUUAAAUUUUAAAAAUGCUUAUUUCUUUAAAAUCCUUUGUUUACACCAUUUUAGGAUAGUUUGUUGUAAGUAGGAGACCUCUCAAGAUUAUUAUUUAAUUAGAGUUAUUACGUUGACAAAAACAUACAAUUUCUUUAGAAAAGAAAUAGAAAUUGGCACAAAUUGUUAUCAAAGCAAGUGCUUUAAAUUUAAGAUAGAAGAUUAAGAAGAAAUAUUUUAUUUUUUCAUAUUUUCA